ACGUCAGAGAGGACGAAGAAGAAGGGAAGUUGAGAAGUUUCUGGAGAGGACUGAGAAAAAUGGGGAAGCUGCCGGUGAAGAUGAAGGCGGUGGUGUACGCCCUGUCGCCGUUCCAGCAGAAGGUGAUGCCGGGACUCUGGAAAGAUCUGCCCAACAAGAUCCACCACAAGGUCUCCGAGAACUGGAUUAGCGCCACCCUCCUCCUCGGCCCUCUCGUCGGCGUCUACACGUAUGUUAAUGCCUACCAGGAAAAGGAGAAGAUGGAGCACAGGUACUGAGAUCAUGCUUUCGGACGAUUUCUGGUGAUUUGCCAGAAAGAUUGUAGCUUUUCUCGAUUCUACUGCCAAUAAGUUGAGAUUUUCGGUUAUUAGCUUCUGUUCAAGUUGAUUAAACUUGUACUUCAAUGUUGAGCUUAGCUACUGGGAAUUCCAGUCCUUGUCUCGACGAGUACUCGUUCAAUUGACAAUUUUUGGGUGUUGCUGGA